UAUGGUCCCCCACCCUAUAAACACCUUAGCCCUCGCCUCUUUCUCUCUCUCUCGCGCGCUCUCUCUCUCCGGACCUCCGUCUCUGCGCUGCUCAACUGAAGACUGUUACGACAGACAUAUGGCGUUGCCGAAUCAACAAACUGUUGAUUACCCGAGCUUUAAACUCGUCAUCGUCGGCGAUGGAGGAACUGGAAAAACAACCUUUGUGAAGAGGCAUCUCACUGGUGAAUUUGAGAAGAAAUAUGAGCCAACCAUUGGGGUCGAAGUUCACCCAUUAGACUUCUUCACGAAUUGUGGGAAAAUUCGGUUUUACUGUUGGGAUACUGCUGGGCAAGAGAAAUUUGGUGGACUUAGAGAUGGUUACUACAUUCAUGGGCAAUGUGCAAUUAUCAUGUUUGAUGUUACUGCUCGGUUGACCUACAAGAAUGUUCCAACAUGGCAUCGGGAUCUCUGUCGGGUGUGUGAAAAUAUACCCAUUGUUCUUUGUGGAAACAAGGUUGAUGUGAAGAACAGGCAGGUUAAGGCAAAGCAGGUUACAUUCCACAGGAAAAAGAAUCUUCAGUACUAUGAGAUAUCAGCGAAGAGCAACUACAAUUUUGAGAAACCUUUCUUGUAUCUUGCUAGGAAGCUUGCAGGGGAUCCCAAUCUCCACUUUGUGGAGUCCCCUGCUCUUGCUCCUCCAGAAGUACACAUUGACUUGGCUGCACAGCAACAGCACGAGGCUGAGCUUGCUGCAGCAGCUAGUCAGCCUCUUCCAGAUGAUGAUGAUGAUGCAUUUGAGUAGAGAGAACUGGUGGAGAGGCUUGGGUUCUACCUUUUUGCAAUGAUUUAAUGCUUCCUUUAUUAUGCAUCGAUCACUUACCAAGUUUUAGCCAUAUAUAUAAGUGGAUUUGAUCAUUAGGAUUUGUUCUAGUAUUGAAGAACGUGGAUCAUACUAGUUAGGUUUUCUAAAACUAUUAUUGAGUCUAUGGUUGUGUUUGCUUGUGGUAGAGUAAUAUUUUUGGCUAUCAUAUUGGUGGUGUUGUCAAAUUCUUAUCAAAGCUAUCAUGCACCAGUCAGUUAACUUCAACAGUAAAGGGAAAAAUUUUGAAUGUCCAAUCUUGAGUUUCCUCUUGUAUUGAAGUAAUUUACAGACACCCGAACAAAUGCAUGAUGCUGUUGCUGUUUCUUGUCAUCCUUCCUGAAUUACUAUCCAUGCAUGUUUUAUAUCCAUGACCUGCCACCACUUAAGUCAACACAUUUUAUUUGUACACCAGCUGCUACUUUGUCAUUUAUUUUCUGCUGUAAGUUCUUUAAUAUCUCAACCUGCUAGUAUUCCCUGCAUGUGGCCUAUUGCACUCAUAAAAUUGUACAGCCCUCAUAAAAGUGAACACCGCAGGUGGGUUUGAAAACUACCUCAGAUAGCCAUAAUGAUGGUCAUGGCUAUGAGUUUUAAUGGCCCAUUUCAGUGGUUGUCGGGUGAUGCAUAGAAAAUUGUUGGCUGAUCUUUUUCUUUUUUUUUUUUCAAUUUACCUCGCUGUUUUAAUUAAUAACAAUGAGGCGGUCGUGUAUGGUAUUAUAUGACACUGCUAAUUGCAAGAAUUCUGGAGAUACCUUUACCACUGCAA